GCGGAGCAGCAACGUCUCCUGCGCGAGCUCGAAGACUUUGCCUUCCGCGGCUGUCCUCACGUCCUAGGUUAUGAGGGGCUGGAAGACCCUUGUGACAGUGAAGAAAGCGAUGUGCUGCCGGGGGACCGGCCACGGGUGCGCGGCGAGGUCCAGGUGAGUGUCUGCGGCUAGGUCCCCCUGAGGAUAAAGAUGAUGCAGGCAGGAGUUUGUGGGUGGUGAUGCUGACACGACCGACGUAGAAAGGUUGAGGAGCGACCGAACUGGAAGUAUUAUAGGUAUAUGUAUACAAGAUAGAGAGAAUGGAGACAGAAAGAUACAGAAAGACAUUUGACGAUCAUUGAAAAGGAGUAUUGAAAGGGCAGUGGGAGCCGUGCUGCCUCUGCUUACCUUGUCCAAGCUUUGAGGUACUUGAUUGUAUUUGUGUCACACUCGCUACCCUGAGGUAUACCACCAGCCCUGACCAUUUGUUGAUAGAAUGAACAGUGAGAACGGGAGAAGUGGUAAGUGAAAGGGAAGUGAAUUGGUCCAUGGAAAAUUUAAAUUAAUCCCUGAUGCUUUUUUUGGCAUAUAGAUAGACUUUAGUAAUCUUUAUGCUGUCUUAUCUCGGUGAGAGGUUUGGUGAACAGACACCAUCCCUUGGCAGUGGAAAGAAACACAUCUGAUUAUAAGGGUGUCCUAACAAUGUCUUCAGACUGUUCUUAAUAACGGGGUUCUCUGAACGGGGCCUUCUGACUGACAAGUGCAGUCUUAAGGACACCGAAGAAGCAAGGACAUUCUGUAAACCACACACGGGAAGGUUCCUUACAAACUUUGAAUCUCUGGAAGCUGGGAGUUUUGAGACAGGCUGCCUUUUCUCCUUCCUGUUCCUAAGUUUGCAGUCCACAUGUGGCUUUCUUCCCACUCAAAAUGGCUCAGCCAAGAAAAUUUAUUGGCAGGAGAUUUUGACUUAUGCUGAUCUGAACUGUUUCCAGUUCCUUCCUUCUGGUACCCAUAUAUCCUUGCACAAAGACCAGUCAACCACAGGUCACCAGAUUUAUGGCCAGGCCCUGUCUGGUAGUGAACAAUGUGAAAGGUCCUGUGCAGAUGUGGUACUGUCUCUAUUGUUUAUUGUCACUUUCAGAAAAAAAUGUCGGGGUAAUGACAUAAAAAAGUGUGCUACUGCUGAUUAGCAGUUGACAUCUGAACAGGCAGUACCUGAGUGGAGGGCAUCUUUGGGCAGAGUGAAUGUACUUUUUCUGAUUUGGGGGGCAAAGGGGACAAUCUUGGGGGUGAAACCCAGGAAUAUCCAUGUUGUAGGCAAGCACUCUGUCACCAAUUAAGCUUUGUCCUCAGUCCUUGAAAUUUUCAUAGCCCAGAACUUGCUAUAGAAUAAUCUUGAAGUUUGUUUGUUUUUUUAAUAUGUGUGUGUGUGUGUGUGUGUGUGUGUGUGUACACAGUGCUGGUGUUGCUGGUGUCACAGCCUGCAUGUGGUGGUCAGAGGACAACUUUCAGGAGUUCUCUCCUUAGAAUGUGAGUUCUAGACGUCAAACACAAGUCUUCAGUCUUUGUGUUCCUAACCUUGAAUUUCUCAUCUUUCUGCCUCACCUUCUUGAUUAUAAGCAUGUGGGCCAUCCGCAGUUAUUCAAUGCUUGGGUUUGAACCCAGCACCUCGUGCAUGCUAUGCAGGCACACUACCAAGUUAGCUAUCUCCCCAGUCUCUCCAGAUUACCUUCAACGUUAUCUAAAUGUGUACCAGACUGCCUUGCCCCAGAACUUAUUGGUCUUGAUGAUAAAUUUGUUUUCGUAAUUCCAGCAAAUAUACUGUAAUGAUGACAGCGAGUGACAGACUCUGGCAGGUGUAAUCAUGGACACAAAUCAGGAUUUUUUUUUUUCUUUUUUUCGGAGCUGGGGACCGAACCCAGGGCCUUGCGGUUGCUAGGCAAGCGCUCUACCACUGAGCCAAAUCCCCAACGCCGGAAAUCAGGAUUUAUAGCUGGCUUCUUCCUUGGCUUCACAAAGGGAUGACAAAGAUAGACUAUGUCUUUGUUUCUUUCUCUUUUGGCUACUUAGACAGUUUCCCCCAAUUCAUUAUUUGGAAUUUGUUGUUCUGCACCUAAUUUAGUCCAAAAACAUAUAAGACAUGUGUUAUGAAGUCUGGAGAGAUGGCUCAGUGGUUAAGAUCAGGCUGCUCUUGCAGAGGACCCAGGUUUGAUCCCCAACAUCUGCAUGGCAGCUCACAACUGUCUAUACAUCCUGUUCACAUGAUUGAACACCCUCUUCCAGCCUCUGUGGGCACCAGGCACUCAUGUCAUGCACAGACAUGUGUGUGGAAAAAUCAUCCAUAAACAUAAAAUAAAAUUUUAAAGAUAUAAGGAGAAGAAAUACAUGCUGAGAAUUCGUCCCAUACUGAGCACAGUUCUGGGUGUACUGAAGAUCAAAAGUCAAGGCCCUUUAGGAGUUUGUAGAUUCACAGAGACAGAUCCUAAGCAAACACCAUGAUGACUAAGUGUACACAAUACAAAGGAAGAAAUGGCUUGUACUUCCUGGAGAAAACCAGGGAAAGCUUUCAGUGGAAGCCUAGUUACUAGCUGAGAAAAAGAAAGGGGUUCUGAGAAUCAGCGUCAGCACUCAGGAAGAACUGGAGAGUACCCUGAGGCACCGCAUGUUCUACAAAGCUAAAAGAGGGGGAUUGCUCAUUAAGAAGUUGAGCAAAAGCAUAACUCUUUGUUUUUGUCUUUUCUCUCUCUUCUCUCCUACCUUGCUUCUUGAGGGCUUGAGUGAACAGGAAAAACGGGAGCGCCUGGAAACUCAGAGGGAGAAGCAGAAGGAAUUGAUUCUGCAACUCAAGACCCAGCUUGAUGACCUGGAAACCUUUGCUUAUCAGGAGGGUAGUUAUGACUCCUUGCCACAGUCCGUGGUCUUGGAAAGACAGCGGGUGAUCAUCGAUGAGUUAAUAAAGAAACUGGACAUGAAUCUGAAUGAGGACAUCAGUUCCCUGUCCACCGAGGAGCUUCGACAACGUGUGGAUGCAGCGGUGGCUCAGAUUGUCAACCCAGCUCGGGUGAAAGAGCAGUUAGUGGAACAGCUGAAAACCCAGAUCCGGGACCUGGAGAUGUUCAUCAGCUUCAUCCAAGAUGAAGUGGGAAGCCCUCUGCAGACAGGAGGACACUGUGAGUGCAAGACCAGCGGGAAGGCAGGAAUCAGUUCCACCAGAGCAGGCAGCAGCACACUGCCCCCAGGGCCUGACAAAGCAAAGGCAGAAGACACGAAGUGGGUCCGGGAGACAGGGCUGCACCUGAUGCGGCGAGCGCUGGCUGUGUUCCAGAUCUUCGCUGUUAGCCAGUUGGGCUGUGCCACUGGCCAGAUCCCUCAAACCCUGUGGCAGAGGGGCCAGGCAGACAGAGACUACUCCCCAUUACUGAAAAGACUGGAACUAUCAGUAGACAGAGUAAAGCAACUAGCCCUGAGACAUCAGCCACAUGACCAUGUCAUCACCUCGGCCAACCUCCAGGACCUCUCUCUGGGAGGCAGAGAUGAGCUGACCAUGGCUGUGCGGAAGGAGCUGACAGUGGCUGUGAGGGACCUGCUGGCCCAUGGACUAUAUGCUUCCUCCUCUGGGAUGAGCCUUGUCAUGGCCCCCAUUGCUUGUUUGUUGCCAGCUUUCUCCUCAGCCCCUGAGACCAUGCACCCCUGGGAGCUCUUUGUAAAGUACUAUCAUGCCAAGAAUGGCCGUGCAUAUGUGGAAUCCCCAGCCCGGAAGCUCUCACAGUCCUUCGCUCUGCCUAUAAUGGGUGAUGCUGCUGUGACCCCCAAACAGAGCCUUCUGACAGCCAUCCACCUGGUGCUGACAGAGCAUGACCCUUUCAAGCGCAGCGCUGACUCGGAACUGAAGGCAUUGGUGUGCAUGGCACUGAACGAGCAGCGCCUGGUGUCCUGGGUAAACCUCAUCUGCAAGUCGGGGUCCCUCAUCGAGCCCCAUUACCAGCCCUGGAGCUACAUGGCCCACACAGGUUUUGAGAGUGCCCUCAACCUGCUCAGCCGCCUCAGCAGCCUCAAGUUCAGCCUUCCUGUCGACUUGGCCGUGCGCCAGCUCAAAAAUAUCAAAGAUGCCUUUUGAUGAGAAGGCCUAACCUUAGCCCCCACACACCUUGCUCUGGAGAUGUAGAUGUCCUAGAAUUGUAGAUUAAAAGCUAGGGAGUCCGAGGAAUGGUUAGAGACAGUUUUUUUAGACCCUUUCUAGACCCUUCAGGUGGUCAGCUAAUGGUAGCAAAGCCUACUUUUCUCUUUGAAGUUUAGAAAGAUGUGACAGAGAGUCUCAGCAAAAAUAGUGCUGGGGCCUGAGAGAAGGUUCGCCAGGUAAAGAUGCUGCUGUCACACCUGGCAAUCUGAGUGGUACAGGGAGAGCAAAGCUCCCACUAACUAUCCUCUUACCUCCACACAUGAACUCUGGAACAUGUCAAUUCCUGCCCAAACACAAGUAAGUGUAAUAAUAAAAUCCAAAAAAUAACAGUAUCAGGACUAGAGAUGUAGCUCAGUGGUGCGGUGUGUGCAAAGCAUGCACAGCCAGUGCUGAGGAUGCUAAAAGCAACAGAAGAAGCUGACCCAAGCCCACCACAGUGUGCCUGGCCCACUGUUGGAGCCUGCGGUAACAAAAUCAGUUACCACACAGCUAAUGCCCAACUCACCGUGCCAUGUCUGAUUUUUAGAAAAUGCAGGUUCACCCUUCUCUUCACCGCAGCAACUUGCUGUCUAGGGAGUUCUGGAAGACACUGACCUUGAGGCUCCUGCUAGGAAGAAUCUUUAUCAGAGCAGCUUUGAGGGCGCUAGGGCCAGCACUGUAAUUCCAGUUAUGAAUUCUGAUUCCCCUUUGUUCUGAGGGAGUUGUUAUGAGAAGGAAGUCUCCCUGCUGAGGUGAUCCUCACACUCAGUCAGCACUCCUCUCAUUAUAAAGAAAGACAGCUGAUGUCCUUCCUGUGCUGUUUCGGGAAAGUCACUUUCUUCUGUGGGCCUCUCAUGACUGACAGUCUCAGAAGUGAAAGCAUUCAGAAGAAUUCCUGUCAGUCAGGAGCACACAGCACUCAUGGUGAUGAGUUCCACUCAUUGGUGCAACUUGUCCUGGAGACUGGAGGUUUGAUUUCGCAGUGUGCACAGUGGCAGGGCCUGCAUGACUGUGAAGGUGACUCCCUCAUCAUUCAGUUUGCAGAGGGCACUUGCUCCAGGACUCACUGAAGAUGGGUGAACCAAACUGCCACAUGUACUUUGUUCCCGUGAAGUGCCCUUUGCCUUGUUUCGGCAAUGUGUCACUUGAGAGGCAUCAUGGACACUUAGUGUUUCCCAGGGUUUGGGCUUGGAAUGGGCUCUGUGGUAGAGUGCUUGCCUGGUAAAUCCUUAGCACCAACCCCAGGAGACAAAAGAUAAUUGUAAAAUAUCAUGAAUAAUGAUAUAUCUGUGAUUGUUAAUAAAGUUUCAGUAUUUUGGGUAGCUUCUCUGCAAA